AUGGACAGCCUCACGAUAUGCUGUCUUCUGGACACGCUUAUUCCUCGGCUGCACCUCUUCAUUCUCCUCCUCACUGGAUACAACAUAGUCAGUCUCUGUGUAUGCGCCCGCCGCAUCCAGUAUCCCUACCCAGGCUGCAAACGCUGGUUGAAAAAUUCCUCUGGGCUGAAACUUCAUCAAAGCUCGGCCCAUAGCCACUCGUUUACCCAUCCUGAAUCGCAAUGCACACAACACGCCUCUGUUGAAGAAAUUGAAGAUGAAGAAGCUCCCAGACGCACCAACAAUGAGCUCUGGGAGUCGAAGCAUGGACUUAUUCGUGAUUAUCACGAGAUGCUGACUGGUCGUAUUUGUGACGAGAAUGGCAACUUUGUUGACCCUGGCACUCCUCCUCCACCAUACACAGCAAAAAGUCCUGACGACUGGACUCCAUAUCGCAACCGACUGGAAUUUGAGUGCGCAGAUUUCAUGUACACUGAAAACCAGAUGUCCGCUGGUGAUAUAAACAAGAUUCUCUACUUGUGGGGAAUCACUCUCACUGUUCAUCGCGACAAUCCACCAUUUGCCGACUACAAGGACCUGUACGAUACUAUCGACGCAACACCGCUAGGCGAUGUCGCAUGGGAAAGCUUCUCCCUGAAGUACAAUGGCGAUAAACCUGCUGGAGAGUGUCCACUUUGGAUGGAACAGUCGCACGAGGUUUGGUUCCGGGACCCUCAUACUGUCAUCAAGAACAUGCUCGCAAAUCCAGAUUUCAAAGGUGGAAUUGAUUAUAUGCCCUACCGUGAAUUUCAGGAGAAGGAUGAGCAACGCCGCUAUAAGGAUUUCAUGUCAGGAGACUGGGCCUGGCAGCAAGCAGUAUGCAGUGACAAGACGACGGUGUCUGUCGCUACUGGUCAAAACGACUACUACCCUCUAUAUCUCUCGAUUGGGAACGUUCACAAUAACGUCCGGCGGGCGCAUCGCAACGCAUUGGCUCUGGUUGGAUUUUUGGCGAUCCCUAAGACGGAAAAAAGAAAUACAGAUGAACUUGGAUACCGCAAAUUCAAGAAGCAGUUGUUUCACUCCUCGUUGUCCAGGAUCUUCGCCAAUCUCAAACCUGGAAUGACAACUCCAGAGGUCACACGGUGUGGCGACGGACACUACUGGCGCAUUAUAUAUGGCCUUGGACCCUACAUUGCAGACUACGAAGAGCAGGUAGUAUUGGCGUGCAUGGUCAAAGAUUGGUGUGGAAGAUGCCUUGCAUUUCCCUCAAGUCUUGAUGAAGGAGGUGUUUCUCGGUCACGCGAACAUACUGAUGCGCUUGUGGAUUCUAUAGAUUUUGGUAUACUUUGGGAUGAGUAUGGUAUCAUUGGCGAGUUAGUGCCCUUCACCAACGACUUUCCUCGUGCUGACAUUCACGAGCUCCUUGCCCCCGACAUACUGCACCAGCUCAUCAAAGGAACCUUCAAGGACCACCUUGUUGAAUGGGUGGGUCAAUACCUUGAACUCACGCACGGCAAAACACGCGCCAAGGCGAUUUUAGAUGAUAUUGACCGAAGAAUUGCUUCCGCGCCGCCCUUCCCUGGCCUACGACGCUUUCCACAAGGCUGUGGAUUCUCACAAUGGACAGGUGACGACUCCAAAGCUUUGAUGAAGGUCUAUCUACCAGCAAUCGAGGGCCACGUACCAGAUGAUAUGGUUCAGGCAUUUCGAGCCUUGCUAAAGUUCUGCUACAUCGUGCGCACGAACGUAGUGACGGAUGACACUCUCGCAGCGCUGAAAGAUGCCCUUGGGCGUUUUCAUACUUACCGGACUAUUUUCCAGACUACUGGCCUUCUCAUCCGAAUGUUCGGUGCUCCGAACAGCCUCUGCUCAUCAAUCACGGAAUCAAAACAUAUCAAGGCGGUAAAGCAACCAUGGCGACGUUCAAGCAAGUACAAUGCGCUCAGCCAGAUGCUCCUUACCAAUCAGCGCCUGGACAAAGUCGCUGCAGCAAGAGUUGAUUUCACAACACGCAGCAUGCUCAAAGGGUCUUGUGCCUUCAGCUACUACAAUUCAUUUGUUGAGAAUCCCUCAUAUAUCGACAACAAUGAUGGAGACCCAGAGGUCCAACCAAACCCAGCACAUGCAGGAAGCAACCCCUUUGCUAUCGAGAGUGACGACUUUGACGAUGUUGAGGAUCAGGAACGAAAACGCGCCCGUACCGUUGCUGAUCUUGCAGACGAACUCGACAUCCCAUCGUUCCCGACCCUCAUUCGCCUCUUCCUGUACGACCAAAUACACGCAGACAACCACCAUUCUUCUGCCGAUGUCCCCCUUCGCGACUGUCCAUCCUACACGGGACCAAUCAAGAUAUUUCAUUCAGCCGCUGCAACAUUUAUCGCACCCAGUGAUCCGAGUGGAAUCACUGGUAUGCGCCGUGAGCACAUUCGCGUUGUGCCUUCGUGGCGCAAGGGACCAGCUCGCUUUGACUGCGCCUUCGUCAACACGGACAAUAGGCAUGAUGGAAUGUUGAGCAUGGAUGUCAUUCGAAUAUUCUGUUUUUUCUCUUUUACUUUUACUAACAGUCACACAUACCCAUGUGCCCUCGUUCAAUGGUUCCAUCGCAUCGCCGAGGAACGAGACGAGCUCACAGGAAUGUGGAUGGUGGCACCGUCUUUCAAUGAAGACGGCUCUCGCGAUUUGUCCAUCAUCCAUAUCGACAGUAUCAUUCGCGGUGCUCACUUACUCCCAAUAUUCGGUACUCAGCUCGUACCACGCGGCCUUCGAUUCUACGAUUCUCUGGAUGUAUAUCGAGGAUUCUACGUAAAUCGGUUCAUCAAUCACCAUGCUUUCGAGCUGGCAUCUUAAUAUAUUCAUUUUUUC